CAACACGCCUGGUUUUAAUGGAACCGUAGGAUUUUACCACAAUUAGAGGGUUUGUUGCUUUAUUAUAUUAAUGUCUUACUGAGACAUCUUUGCAUGAAUCUAAGUAAUAAAAGCAUUGGGUUUUCAAAACUUGCUUUUAAACUUCAAAAAGAAAAGCUAUCCCUAGAAACUUAAGGUUUAGUUUGCUUUUUAAGUUUAAAAGUUCAGGGUCAGGAUGAAGGUUGAUUUACCCUGGGGUGUUACCAUCACAUUGCCCUGUUGGAAGCUAAUAAUGUGGUCUGUACCUCCUGGCACCCAAGAGCUUCACGGUGUGAGUGUCCAGUGGGGUGGCAGACUUGUCCAAAACAGAUGUUUGAUGUUAUCUUGGGUUAGAGCCUUGAAGGGGUCAGGCUGCCCCAGAUCUCUGCUCCAGCUCUCUGAUCCCGGAGAAUCAGGCAGCGUGCCCAAGUGUCUGAAGGUGGGACAGGAAAAAUCAAACCUCUGGUUUUACACCAGCUGGGAAGCUGUGUGGAUUUGUGUUAAGCAAUUAUGGAUGAGAUGGAACAGCUCCCAAGGUUGAGUUUGGCGUGAAGCUCCAAUGCCACCACAGCAUGGAGAUUCUGUGCUGUUGCGAAUCAAGUAAAAGAUCUUGCAUGUUGCUCCCCUCUUGUGUUUUGAGAGAUUCCCAAUGUUGUAUGUACCAGUAAAAUCCAUAUGUCAAUAUUUUUGAGGAGCAGAGCUAGAAACUGCAACACAAACUAUAAUCCCAAAUACCAGGUGUACAGUGGGGGGUGUGUGGCAGCGUGUCUGGCUCUGGAGAGGAAUACACCGGAGGAUAAGAUCAGGAAUCAAAUAUUUGAGUCUGUUCUGCCUGUCCCUAGCAUCAAAUUAUAUAAAGCAGAAGCAACUUGAUAUCAAUUGCAGUGCAAGAAGAUGGGUGUGAAGGGAAAUUCAGGCCUGGCAUUUUUCAUGCUCUUCUCUGCGGCCCAGUAACUUCCAGUUUUGCGUUUGAUCUGGUGAAUAAACUGCUUGUUGUAAAUGGAUGGGCAAACAGUAGGAACUGGGAAGGUAUGUCUUGGUUCAAAUAUUUUUUUUCCAGCCUAAACAUCUGCUUAUACAAUUACCUGCUGAGCAAUUAAGUGGCAAUCCUUUCCCUCUUACAGAUACAACUCUUGCCCAAUGAGUAAUAUUCAUGAGGUUAUUAUACAGUUCAGCAAAAAAAUGGAUUACACAGCUGUGUGUGGCGGAGGGAUCAAGCUGUGCUGUCACAAUUUCUAUCAUAACGUUAUAAAUCCAUGUAUCUACACUUAGGCAUGAUCUGAUGGUUUGUAGCAGUUAUUCCACCAAAUGCUGGAGAUGGGCAUGUAUCUGAAGGAAAACUUACUUUAUCCAAUGGAUUAGAAAACAGAAGAGGUUAAAGCAUAACAGCGCUUCGGGCACUGGAUGUUUCAGAGUGUGUCCUGCCAGCAGAUGAUUCCCGGGAGUCAGCAGGUUGCCUCUCCCUCGUGAAGUUAGUGAUUAAAGUGUUAACCGGAGCUUCCUAGAGGUGUAACCGUGACUAAGGGCGCGCUCCUGUCAGCGCUUGGAGGAAGGAAAGUGUGUAGGUGAAUAUUCCCGACAUGCACUGAGGUGCGGGGAGUGUCCUGGGGUUCCAGCACUCCCAGUUCAAGCAAAAUAGUAACCGGCAGCCCCGCGGCUUCCAUGGGGCAGCCGAGGAAGCUGUCAGCCGGGGCCAUGCUGUCAUGCCUCUGCCGGGGCUCAGGGAAAGGUGUGUGAAACUUCUCCUUGGAUCGCACGCCCAGAUUCAUCUCUUCUGAGUAAAUGAAGAAAGUGACUAUGAAAGCACAGCAUCUUCCUUCUGUUUUCAUCAAUGAGGAGAAGUUCAUAACCAGAGAGCAGUUCAGUUUUCUUCUGAAGAAUUAUAACUCUUACUAUUCGGAUCAAGAGAAUCUACAACUGACAUGUAAUCAGCGAGAAGGAAACGCACCAUUUAUUGAAGGAAUCCUGUCAAUAUUUUGGGGAGUGCGACACCCUAUCCGAUUAAAAAUUCAGGAUGAGAAGCUGAUACCCUCUUUUGUAACCCUGAAGUCAACAGGGAGCGUGGAUUUGUUCCCUAGUAAAAGGGGAAUGACUCGCUGGGGAGAAUUUGAUGACCUGCAUCACAUUAGUGGGGAGACACUGAAGUCUGCUGAGGAACAGCCAGACCUCGAGCAAAGUUAUCCAUGUUAUGAAAGCCACACGCUGAAGCCCAGGAGUGAGCAGGAGCACGACUGUGCCACCCUGCCCCGGACCAGCAGCGAUGCCACGGCCGUGCGGAAGAGGACCAAGCUCCCCACAGCAGCCAGGACAGAAGGAGAAACUCACAGGUUCUCAAUCAAUGGCCACUUCUACAACCACGAGACAUCAGUUUUCACUCCGGCUUUUGGAUCAGAAACCAAAAUAAGAAUCAACAGCCACAUGAGAACCAGACAUGUGAUAGAACAGCUGCUUCACAAGUUUAAGAUAGAAAACAGCCCCCAUGAAUUUGCACUUUACAUUAUCCAUGCAUCUGGAGAAAAGAAGCAGCUGAGGAGUGGAGACAUCCCCUUGCUGCACAGGCUGCUGCAGGGGCCCUCGGAGAAGAUUGCCAAGUUCUUUCUCAUGGAUGGGGACGUGGAAGAGAUCAGCAGUGACGUUGCUCAGUACAUUCCAUUUCAUCUUCCCUUUUUGGAAUCAAUUUUGCAUAGAAUAAAUGAAGAGGAGAAGCAGGAGAUUCAACAGACAGUGGCAAGGUACCUGAAAGAGAAGAGCCUGAUACGGCAACACCUUCGCAGUCGAACUGUUAGAAGAACAGAGACCACGGUUUGAUGGGAACGGCCCCUUGGGAACGGCCCCUUGGGAACAGCCCCUGGGUGUGUGGAGGGGCAGUCGCUGUGCUGCUUGCUUCUGGGGGCUGGGACUGAGGAGCCCUUCAAGCUCAGGGUGUGCAGAGUGAGGGAGUUUCUCCUGAGCAUUAAACAGCUGAACCUGCCCCCACUGCUGCAGCGCUGGGAUGCGGGUUGGAACCACCCAAGGAGAUGCACUACAUCCCCCAGACAACAGAUGCUGAAUCUGGCUUGGAACUUAGGGAAAAAUAUGCCCUGAAAAGCCCGAGGCUUUAAACCCUGCUGAUGUACAACCCAUUACCAAGAGGCUGGCAUAGGAAAAAUAUUGCAAUAACCACUGUGUUCAUAGAAAAUAUGCAAAUUAAGUAUAUGGUUAUCCCUCUAUUAGAGAAAUGUGGAAUUGUACUAGCAGAAAGCUUUUCAGUAGAGGCAAGUGGCAGAAGGUAUUUAUGUAUUUAAGACAGCAGGUAGGAUUUUCACUAAACUUAUAAAAUAUCCAUGCGAGAUGCCUGAAAUCCCACUGGCUUCAUGUUGGUAGAGGCUGAACUUGCUUAAGCUUUGAGCUACGGUUAGAAAAACAUAAUUGGCAGCCUCCCACGUACAAGCUGCUCAGCUCUUAAUCAUGAGAGGGUGUUUAUCCCUGAAAUACCUUGUGAAAUGCAAAAGAAGAACUGUCACUGAACACAGGUGGGUCCUGGAAGGCAUCUCAGUAGUUUUUGCUGCUGUAGUAAGUGAUUCUGUGGUUCUUCCAGUGUUUUCUGUUUGGAAGGGAAUGGAGAAGUGCUCAGGGAGAGGCUGAAUGUCAUAGCCAUGGAGGGUUGGGCUCGUGGCCUCCCAUGGAUGCCGUUUGGGUCCAGCCCGGCCCCAGGUAGGGCAUAGCAGCCAAUGCCAGGCCCUGUCUGGUUGAGUUGUGUUGGAUAUUGGAGCUCAAAUUACAGAGAUGCAAAUAAAAUAAAUUGUGUGCAGUUGAUGUUCCUCCUGCAUUAGCCGGUUGUUUUUACCUGGUAUCUGUGACUUACCUCAGCUGCCUUUGCCUUGUGCAGGUAACAAAUAGCGAGGGAGGAAAUGAAUGAGGAGAAUGUGUUGUCUACAAAUCAUGUGGAAUAAAUCAAAUUAUAAAACUUUA